AUGGCGGAACAAAACAUCCAACAUAUCAAGGCGUUGUUCCGUGUCCAAUACCAUUGCAUGCCGUAUAAGGCCAUUCCAAGGAUUAUUACUGAAGCUAUUGCAAAACGAGUUGCACAGACUUCCAACUUUUAUCCCGCCAAAGGGGGUAUUUCGGCCUAUUACAGUCCUCAUAUGAUUUUGUUGCAACGCCAAGUUGAUUAUUCGAAGGAAUUUGUUGCUGAACUUGGGUCGUAUGUCCAUGGUUAUGGACAUGAUACUCGCAGUGAUCAUCGGUCAUGCACUAUUGAAGCAAUUUACUUGGGACCAGCUGAUAAUAUGCAAAAGGGUCACAAGCUAUAUGAUUUGAACACAAAGAGAGAGGUAACUAGACCUCAAAUUACGGUGCUCCCAAUCACUGAUCAAGUGAUCAAGUUGGUUGAAGCCCAUGCUGCUGAGGAAGGCGUUACAGAUUUACAAACCUAUUCCAGGCGCAAUGGAGAAAUAAUUUUGGAUGCUGAUCUGCUUGCAGGAGUGGACCCAGAUGAACUGUGGGACGAAGACUAUGUCCUGCAGAUAUUGAGAUUCCACCAGUCAAUGACAUGA